UAUCACUUGACAGUCUCUGAUCACAAGAGUUAUCCUUAUUCAAACGGCCUAAGAAUACUUCUGUUCUCUUUAGAACAGGUACCUAGAGACUUACUGCAGCCUAAAUUCCCUAUAGGUGUCACGGUGCCAGCCCGGACCGCUUUUUCUGCCUGACCCCACCGCUUUAUCAUGUGAUCCUGUUGUGAUCUCAGGGGAAAGAUGGGCAGGAUGAGGCUGUAUCAGCUACACGUACGUAGCCUACUGAGGACCGGAUGCCAUUCUGAUAGGUGCUCAAUUCUAUGGACGACUAUAUCAACUAUCUUGACUGCUUCUUCUUCUCUUUCUCAACUACUAAUGGGUAAAGCCCUCAGGGGCUGAAGGAGUGGGUGAUCCGGCCAAGCCGCUAGGCGAUCACGUGUCUCCUAUAGAUUCAUAUCAGAUCCUGACUGUUUACCUUCCCGCCUGAUCAUGAUCCUGUUGUAGCUUCUCAAGCUACGUCUCGUCUAUCUGCCUGUACAUAGCCUGACCAGUAGCCAGCCUGCGUAUUAGCUCUGUCAGCCUGCCUGCCUGAACCCGCACCCUGACAAUAGGCUGGGAACUAAAAGGCCCAGCCAGCCAGGGUAGAAUUAGACAGCAAUCAAUAUUAUAUUGACUAUAUUAGUAGUGGGCCCCCGUUCGUCUAGAGAAAGCGCUCGGUUAGCCGGCAACUAGACAUACAUAAUAUAAUGUGGAGAUUAUAAACGCAUUGCUAAGAUCUUGAAACAGCUAGUGAACAGCUGUAUCACGGCCCCGGUCUAGAUAUAUCAGCAAAGUAGUCCGUAAAUAAGACUGAUUCUUAUUCUAUUAUUAAGACCGCAGCUAUAUAUUCUCUGAGGCUGGCAUAGUGACAGACCAGUACUUUUUGACUAAUAAAACACAGAUCUAUCUUAGAGCAUGGGUAGAGUGCCAUGAAGACUAUAGCAUAUAAAUGAUAUAAUAUAAUUGACCAAUGGCUGGAAAGAUACAAUGGGCAUUU